GGCAUUAGUUCCACCGUCCGAUUUCCGCUCUUUAUAAAAGCGGCAAUUCGCAGACCCACGCAUCAAGUGCGACGGAAAAGUCACGAAAACUGCAGGAAGAAAGAGUAUACACUAUGCUGUUGAAGAGCAAAUACUUAUCGCUGGUGGUGGCGCUGAUGCUGUCCUGCAGCCUGCAGCGGGUUGCACCUCGCAUGGCAUUGGAGACGCAAGAAGACUACCUGAACCAUCUGUACCUGCGUGUCAAGGACCGCCCGCUGAGAAACGGAGAGCUGAACUUGCUGCCUGACGACAGUCUCCCGGGCUUUGCCAACACCGUUCGAUGCGUACCCGAGAGCGAAGAAGGUGCAGCAGACAUGACUGAGCUCACUCGAAAGAUGCAGUUUGAGAGACCGACCAUCAAAGCCACAGAGAACCUCGUGGACGUGAAGCUGGUCAUCAACCUCCCUGCAGGGUUCAACCAGGACGGCGACGUCACGCUCUUUGAGAUUUCAUCAGACGGCGACAGUCGAAAGCAGCUCGACACUGUGAGUGUCCCGUCGUGCCACAGCACCUGCUGGUUCCAGCUAACGGUGGGAGUGGAGAACCUGCGUGACUCGAUGGAGUUUCUGGUCGAAUUCAAUCACGGGGACGGGGAUUUUGUGCGGCGGCUCAACCCCAUGAUGGUCCUCUACACAUACAGAGAGCAGCCGGUGUCAAACCUGGUGGACACGCGCCGAAAAAGGCAGCAGGAAGAGGGGAUGGCAGGCGAGGAAGACGUAAACACUCGACUCUCGACGCUCGAGAGUAGAAACGAUCCGUGCACAAAGCAGACGGUGAGACUCGGAUACUCGCAGCUGAGGUGGCUGGAUGAGGACAUAGUCCUUAUCAGUCCAACUCGCAUCAUAUUUGACUUCUGCUACGGACACUGCAACCCUCCACUCAACGUCCCUCCGAUUCACGAGCUCACAGAGAGUUUCGACAAACGAGCCCGUAUCCUUGAGGUGGUGAACAGGCUGAGCGAGAGCAGACUAACGCCUCCGCCGUGCUGCGUCCCCGUCUCCUACAUAGCCAGAGAGAUCAUUUACGCCUCAGGUGAACUCGUAGCAAUGACAACCAUACCCUCCGUACAGGGGUGCGGCUGUAGGGCUUGAUAGAUAGAGAUUUUAUACCUUAUUUCAGAGAUUUUAUAUAUAUGGAUUGGCAUUAUCAUCAGUCGUUCAAAUUUAAUAUAUCAGCUGGAAGUCACUGUCCAUGUUUUGUGGAGUUAUACCUAUUGUGAGUAACUGUGCGUGAAAUGGAAAAUUACUUAUAAAAUGCCAAGUAGAGUGGACGCCAAUGAGAGGCAGAAAUAAGCUUAUCACAUUACUGUCUGAGUGCACAGGUCUAGAGCUUCAUCAGGUCAGGUCAGGCAUUAGUCAGCCACUGGCGGCCAUUGUAGGGAUCACCUUACAGCCAC